UGCGUAUUAUCAAAUUAAAGACACCUUCCGAAAUAUAACAUCAAUUACCGGCAUAUUCUUUUAUUUUAAAUUCAACAACGAACUAUUUACUGAAAGAAGAAUCGUUUUGUUGACCUGCUGAUAAUAAUUUAUUGCCUAGUAAACUCCUGAAAAUUGUUUUGUUUCGAAAAUGUGAAUUUCGUGCACCAUGGGAAGAGACAGUAACUUGAGUGAUUGAUUUUAGUUGUUAUUAAUUAAUUUGGGGUAUUUAUGAUUACGUGGUGUUACUGGCAUGCGAAACAAGUCAAUGGUAUUAUAUUAAUUGACGUGCUCAAUGAUUCUGAGUAAAUGGGGACCAAGGAGCCUAUGCAUCGUAGCACUAACCCUACUUUCUUUAUACAACAUAUUCCUAACUGCGAAACUGAUGUAUGGUCAAGAGUGUCUGAAAAGUGUUCAGGUGCGGCAAACGAAGGUUGUGCAAGCAGUUCGGCCCCCACCUCCACCCCCAAUAUGCAGAAUAGAGCAACAGGUAACCGCCGACGAGUUUCAAGGCAACAUAGAGUUAGAAUUGGGCCGAUGGGACAACAGAAUGCUGUACAAGCUAUACGAUCGGAUAUUUGUAGGUGAUAAAUACGCACAGCUAAGUGAAGAGCAUCUGGUUUGUUUAGCAACACAAAGUUCUCUGGAACGAUUGUUUUCGUUAGUGCAGGUUACAAGAAACUGGUCCGGUCCGAUAUCAGCAGCUCUGUUCGCGGCCGGCGACGACGAGUUCAAUCUUUUGCUGUCCUACAUUGCGUACAUCCGACGAUGCUUCCCGGAUAUACGGGAACGUGUCACGUUUCACUUGACGCUGCCUAAAAGUAGACUUCCAAAGGGCAUCGAUAUUGAUACUGACGUAAUCAGUGGCUGGAAUUGUAUGAACGCCGAAAAUAUUCUUCGUGCACUUGUUGCGAAGCGGACAGUUGCGACUCAGAAAUGGAGAACAAAGAAUCCGUAUCCACAAAAUCACUUAAGGAAUUUAGCUCGAAAAAAUUGCCAAAGUCAGUACGUUUUUCUCACAGACGUCGAUAUAAUUCCAAGCGAAGGUUUAGCAGAAGCGCUUAAUUAUUUUUUAAAGAAAGUAAGAUGUAAAAAGUUGUGUGCCUAUGUUAUCCCCACGUACGAGAUUGAUAACCGUGUUCGAUUUCCUCCCAACAAGACUGAACUAGUUAGAUUAGCAAAAAAAGGCCUAGCCAGACCGUUCCACCAGAAGGUUUUCAUUUACAAUCAAUUCGCAACAAAUUUCUCGAGAUGGCAAGUUACGACCGGUGAAGAUAAAGAGGCGCAUGUUAGCCAUCCAGUCACGAACUUCGAGUUCCUGUACGAACCCUUUUAUGUAGCGCCUGACAGCGUGCCCCCUCACGAUGAAAGAUUUAUCGGAUACGGAUACACAAGGAAUACACAGGUGUACGAAAUGUUCGUAGCAGGUUACGAAUUUCUAGUCCUUUCGCCUGUGUUCACAUGUCAUUGGGGACUUCAAGAUAAACGAGGACGCCCCGUGUGGAGGGAAUAUCAAAAUAACUUACAUCGAAAGUACUUUGAAACUUUUAAGAAGGAAGUAUUCGCGAAAUACAACAAAGAUCCUUUGAGAAUGAUGGAGCAGCGUAAAGCACAAUCGCUGUAAUCAAGUGUACAAUAAGUUCAUAAAAUAUGUAUUUUUAACAUUGAGAUUCUGACUACAUCCGUUAAAAAAAAAUAUCAAAAUGACAUGCCUUAUCCCGAAAUUAUAUUUCAAAGCCUUGUAGGUACAUACAAAUUUAUUAUUUAUAAUAUAGAUUGUAUUUAAUUGUAGGUAUAUGGUGUAUGCAAUAUUGCUCAAUAAUGCUACAACUAAAACGAAUUUCUGUUACACUUUUAGAGAUCAAUUUAUUUUCAUUAGACAUGCAAAGAAUCAAAAAUAUGAUUUUCUGUGUUAAAAUGUUCAUAUGAAGCUAAUAUGUGUAUUUUAUUCGUGUCGUAUGUGUUAGAAUGUACAUUCCACUGUUCCAAAAAGAGCCUAAUCUGAAUAAAGAAGGUUAAA